GCAUUUCUAUUAUUCAAUAAUUUGUUUGCAGUGGUGAAGAGGAAGCUUAGCUGUUUUUUAAAAUUCCCAUCUAUCAAAAGAGAAGAACGUGGCUACAUAAUGGAUUCUCCAACUGACAGACCACUCAUUGAUGUACCACGGAUCAUCUCAGAGAUAAACACGAAGUUUGGAGGAUUAGGCAGUAUGUCAUGUGUGAGUGAUGAAAAACUGUGGACACGUGGUGCUGACAACACAGUGAGACUCUACAAUCUGCAGGGGGGUCUAGUGGAGUCAGUUCAAACCAAGUCAGGGAAGCACCCACGGGAUAUAGCAGUGACAAGGAGUGGGGAUCUAGUUUAUACUGAUGAAUAUGAAAGAACUGUGAAUAUCGGGGAUAAUUCACAGAUACAGACAGUAAUCAGAAUACAGGGGUGGAGACCUAGCGGUGUCUGUAGUACCUCCUCUGAUGACCUCCUGGUUGUCAUGGACAGUGAUGAUGAUGCUGCUGCUAAACAAACAAAAGUUGUUCGUUACUCUGGGUUCACAGUGAAACAAAGUAUUCAGUACGCUGACAAUGGUCAACCUCUCUAUUCAUCGGAUGUAUUAUUAAAAAAUAAAUACAUCUGUGAGAACAGAAACCUAGAUAUCUGUGUGUCAGACCGUGGAGCCCGUGCAGUAGUGGUGGUCAAUCAGGCCGGGGAAUUCCGGUUUACCUACAUUGGUCCUCCCUCUACUACCACAGGAUCAUUUGCUCCAGCUGGCAUCGCAACAGACAGCCAGGUUCGGAUCCUGACAGCAGACGAUGACAACAAUUGUAUCCACAUCCUGGAUCAGGACGGACAGUUUCUCCGCUACAUUAACAACUGUGAUUUACAGAUUCCAUUUUGUUUAUGUGUGGACACCAGAGACAACCUCUUUGUGGCUGAGUGGAACACAGGAAAAGUGAAGAAAAUCCAGUAUUAUAUGUGAGUAAACUGUACAUGAGUAUAAACGAUUAUACACAAA